AUGUGCCAGUACCGCCCAGCUGUGGAAAGCCUUCUAAUAGACAAAAUUGUAAAAUUCAUUCAUACAAAUAGAAAGAUCCAUCAGUAUAAUGAAUGCAGUAAACCUUUUACAUGUGACAAUUGUCUUUGCAGGCAUGAAAGAAGUCACAGUAAAGAGAAACCCUAUACAUGUAAUCAAUGUGGUAAAGUAUUUGCAUAUCACAGUAGUGUCCAAAUACAUAAUAGAACACUUACUAUAAAGAAACCAACACAUAAUGGAGAGAAAUGUGGGUGUAAAGAAUGUGAUAAAGUCUUUGUAAUUAAGAGCAGUCUCCUAGAACAUAAAAGAACACAUACUGGUAAGAAACUCUAUGAAUGUAGCCAAUGUGGUACAGCCUUUGCAUGUUUCAAGAAUCUCCAAAUACAUAAAAGAACACACACUGGAGAAAAACUUUAUGAAUGUAAACUAUGUAGUAAAACCUUUACAAAUCAUGCAAGUCUCCAAAGACAUAAUAGAAUACACACUGGAGAGAAACCCUAUGAAUGUAAGCAAUGUGGUAAAGUCUUUGCACGUCCUGAUAUUCUACAAACACAUAAAAGAACACAUACUGGUAAGAAACUCUAUGAAUGUAGCCAAUGUGGUACAGCCUUUGCAUGUUUCAAGAAUCUCCAAAUACAUAAAAGAACACAUACUGGAGAGAAUCCCUAUGUAUGUUAUCAAUGUGGUAAAACCUUUCCAUAUCACAGUCGUCUCCAAAUACAUAAAAAAACACAUACUGGAGAAAAACCUUAUGAAUGUAAGGUAUGUAGUAAAAGCUUUGCAAGGCCUGAUGUUCUCCAAAGACAUAAUAGAACACACACUGGUGAGAAACCCUAUGAAUGUAAGCAAUGUGGUAAAGUCUUUGCACGUCAUGAUAUUCUACAAAUACAUAAAAGAACACAUAGUGGAAAGUAA